GCCGACUUGCUUGGCUGGCUACUCUGCGACUGCCAACGGAUCCGAUGCAAUCCCAAAUGGCGACUGCAUCUGCUCGUGCAUACGGAUGCUUGUGUAUCCGACCCCGACACACGAGCAGCCUGAGCAACCUAUUCAACACCGUGUCCACCUCGAGCACCGUUCGCUACGACACCUAUGUUGCCAUCAUCAAAGUUGCCUCCAAGAACGGCGAAGUUGAGGCUGUGAUUCCCCAGCUGCACCUGGUCGACGCCUGGCUGGCCGAGUGGGGCGUUUCUCUCAACCAGACCCGGGCCCUGUAUCUCCUCAUCAGCGAAAAGCUCUCCGACAGCCACCCCCAGCAGUCAUACGAGCAGCUUUUGAAAUACCUCGCCACCUUUGACAAUGCCGAUGCCGCUGGCCUGAAGACCUCGAAAGAGCACGCAAUCAAGGCUGUCAAGAAGGCCAUCUCGAUCCCCGAGGUCCUGAACUUUGAGGACCUGGCCAAGCUGGAGGCCAUCAAGGCACUGAAAACCGAGAAGAUCUUCACUCUGGUCAACAUCUUCCUUAGCGAUAACCUUGCCGCCUACCAGGACUUUGUCAAGAAGAACCCAGACUUUUGCAAGAAAGAGGGUCUCAACCACGAAGAUAACCUCCACAAGAUUCGCCUGCUGUCGCUCGCCAGUCUGGCCGCUUCACAUGUCGAGAACGAGGUUGCUUACUCGACAAUUGCCAAGGCUCUCGCUAUCGAGGACGAUGAGGUUGAAUUCUGGGUUAUUGAUGUGAUCCGCGCUGGCUUGGUGGAUGCCAAGAUGAACCAGCUCAAAAAGACGGUCGUUGUCAGCCGAUCAACCCACCGCGUCUUUGGCAAGGAACAGUGGAAGUUCCUUGGUGAGAGACUGAAUGGAUGGAGGGCCAACCUCAAGGAGGUUCUGCAGGUGAUUGCCAACGCCAAACUGAUCGCUGAAGCUCAAACACUCGAGGCCGAACCCACGGUAAUCACCAAUGCCUAAGUGCAAAUACACUCUCCGGGGCGCAUAGCUCGCUGUUUUCCCUCGUU